CCAACAAAAAACAAUAAAAUACUUAUCAAUUUGUGCUCAAUUGUUUUUGAUUAAUAUAGAAAGGGCAAAAUAAGAUUUACGAUGGCAAAGAAAGUAUUAUUUUCCAGCAAAAGAUAAAGCUUGCGAAGCUGUCAAAGCACAAGAAUGCUAAAGGCUUAAAUAAACAAAUUUUCAAGAAAAAGUAGACGAAAGCAAUUCCAUUUUUAAACCAAAAGAUAAAAAGCUAAACCACUCUCUUCAAGAUCGAUCCUAUUAUAUACAAAUCCAAAGAAGAAGAAGAGAGAAUCGGAUUGGAAAAAAAAAAGAACAAGAAGAGAUGAUCAAAGGAGGAGGAGGAAAAUCUUCUGGUUACUCAGCAGAUUUGAUGGUUUGUUUCCCUUCAAGAACACAUUUGUCUUUACCUUCUAAAUCCAUUUCUAGCCCUUCUCAUUCCUUUAACCGCCGUCAAAAUGCUCCUCACCACCGCCGCAGCAUCAGUAAGCUCUCUGGAAGCGGUGGUGGAGUUCGUCAGAGUCGCGGUGGUGGGAGGGAGGUAGUUGAAGAACCUACGUCGCCAAAAGUCACUUGUGCUGGUCAGAUCAAAGUGCGGUCAAGUAAACGAGAUGGUGGAAGCAAGAAUUGGCAGUCUUUAAUGGCGGAGAUAGAGAAGAUACAUAGAAGCAAGUCAGAGAGUAAGUUCUUUGGGAUUAAGAGAGAUGUUAUGGGCUUCUUGACUUGCCUCCGCGAUUUUGAUUUUCGAUGUUUCGGUGCGUUUCCUCCGGUGGAUAUAAUCUCUGAUGAUGAUGAAGAAGACGAGGAAGAAGAAGAGGAAGAAGAAGAAGAUGAAGAUGAAAGCUCAGGGACAGUUUUCUCUAAAUGGCUUAUGGUUUUACACGAAAAGCAAAACAAUGAAGAGUGCGUCAACGAAAAGGAAAACGCUUUUUCGGAUGUAGAAACUGCGGUUCCGCCGCCAAACGCGUUGUUGUUGAUGCGGUGCAGAUCUGCCCCGGUUAAGAAUUGGUUAGAGGAGAAGAAAGAAGAAACAGAGGAAGGUGAAAACAGAGUAAAACAGAGCGGAGAAGAAGAAGAAGAAGAAGAAGAAGAAGAAGAGAAGGAGAGAGUGAGAAAUAAGAAGGAUCUGAGAUCAUUAAUGGAGGAAGAGAAGAAGAUGAAUUUGGUAGUGAUGAAUUACGACACAAACUAUUACAAACUCUCUACAGAUAUCGCUAAGGAAACUUGGGUUGUCGGUGGAAUUCAAGAUCCUCUGUUUCGUAGUCGAAGCUGGAAGAAGUGAUCUUUGAGUAUGUUUUAAGUAUGUAAAAUUAAUACUUGUGAAUUUUAAGUAUCUUUUUCUUAUAAUAAUACUCUUGUGAAAGUUUGAGACUGUUUUCAUCAAAUGUUUCACUUUACUUCUCUUA